AUGACAAUCAAUGAUGAAAUCAUUGAAAUAGCUGAACAAGACUAUGGUUUAAUAUGUUCAUCAUCGGGAAAACUUGUACCACUUAAAUUAUUUCAUAUUCGUGCUCAAAUUGUUGAUAUUACAGUUGAAGUUGUUCUCUAUCAAGUCUAUCACAAUACGAGUUCGAUACCGAUUGAAGCUAAAUAUGUGUUUCCUCUUCAUGAAAAUUCAACUGUAUGUGGUUUUGAAGCACAUAUCAACAAUAAAGUUAUCAAAGGUGUUGUUAAAGAGAAAGAACAAGCCAAACGAGAGUAUAGAGAAGCAAUUGAAAAGGGACAUGGUGCCUAUUUAAUGCAUCAAGAAGAAGCCCAAGUGUUCAGUGUUGCUGUUGGUAAUUUGCCAGCGCACAAUGAAGUUAUCAUCAAGAUAACCUAUGUCGCCGAAUUAGAAAUCGAAAAUGGUGAUAUUAUUUUUCGCCUUCCAGUCAAAAUGGCUUCAUGGCAAUCGAAAAAAGCUGUCGAAACCAAAGAUCAAUCGAUUUUACGAUCUAUUGGUAUUGUCGAUGAAAAAGUUGAAUUCAGUUUCAAAGCAUCGAUUCGAAUGCCAUACAAAAUAGUGAAAUUGUUUUCGCCAACACAUCGUCUUCGUCGAAAGUUAACUGAUUGUAUAGCCAUGAUCGAACUUGUCGAUAAUGUCUUACUUGAUCAAGAUUUUAUUCUUUCGAUCACACUCAACAGUCCUAAUUUACCUCGAAUAUCAAAUGAAACAUUGUCAUUGGAUGACAAUAGUGGAACAACUGACACAUCGAACAAUCAUAAUUCUCAGGCAUGUAUGCUUACCUUUUAUCCACGAUUCGAAACAUUGACGAAUUCGAACGAACAAGUUGAAAUUAUUUUCAUUGUUGAUGUAUCAAAUUCAAUGGACGGCAGUCACGUACAACAAGCUAAACAGUUAGCUCAUUUGUUUCUUAUGAAUUUGAAAGUUGGCGAUGAGAAUACAUAUUUUAAUGUAAUUACUUUUGGAUCAGAUAAUGAUGAAUGUUUUCCUAUACCAGCACCAACUACAAAAGAAAAUCUUGAUAAAGCCAAACACUUUGUUCUGUAUUCACUUGUCCAUCGUGGUAAUACGGAUCUAUUUGCUGUUCUUCAUCGUUAUUCACUAUUACCAUCGUCAUUAUCAUCGAAAUUUGGUCGUCAAUUCAUUCUUCUAUCCGAUGGACAUAUUCACGAUCUCAAUUCGAUUCUUGCUCUACUCAAACAUCGACCAACUAUGCGUCAUGAUCGUUUAUUUACAUGUUCAAUUGGUAAUGUUGCAAACAAACAUGGUUUGAAACAGUUAGCUAAUGGAGCAAAUGGAGGCGGUCUAACAACAAUAUUCGAUUCGAACUAUCGAUCGAAAUGGAAAACAAAAGUGUUAAACAUUCUCGAACAGGUUCGACAACCAUGCGUUACAAGUAUAUCAAUCGAUUGGUAUGGUUGUUUGAAUGAAGAGCAAAAAUUCAAUAUGCAAGCACCGAAAAUGAUUCGAUCCUUGUUCAAUGGAAUGCGACUUACUGUUUAUCGAUUCAUAGAAAAUUGUCACAAGGCAACAUUGACGGCUACUAUUGAUGGACAAGAAUUUGUUACGACUGUAUUUAGUAGUACGAUGACAACGACCAGAGGACGUAUUCUACACUGUUUAACCACUCGAGCGAUCAUCGAUGAUUAUGACAAUGGGCUAUUGAAUGUAGAUGAGAGCGAAAACGAAUUGAUUAAAGUUCAACAUAAACGAGAUCUCAUCGAUCUCAGCAUCAAACAUUCUGUUGUCAGUGCAUAUACUAGUUUUGUUGCCAUCGAAGAACGUAAUGUCAAAACGGAUAUAAAAACUCUUCAACCAGGUGUUCGUCUGCUUGAAGUUAUGCUGGAACGCGAUGCUGACUUACUACCAUACAUGGGAUGGGAUGGUGAUGCAUCAAAUUUGACUUUGAUCAAACAGCAAUUAGCCGAUGCGCGUAUUUCACUCCAAUGUGCAUCGAUUCAGGACAAAAAAGAAACAGUUGCUGAUAUUGAAAAACUUUGUCAAAAAAUUUCCUACCGAGCAGGUGGUGAUGCAAAAUUUGGUACAAUGAUGACUAUCAUACACACAUAUCGUUAUUCAUUGAAUGAAUACAAUAAAGCAGAUGAACUCGAAGACAAAAUGCGAAACGAUUUGGUUCGUAUGUUUGGAGCUGAUUUCAAGGAUUUAACAACAGUUGAACAAAUGGAAAAGAUAAGAAAACUAUGCACCAUGUUAGGUGAAGCACCAGAUUUUACUGAUGAAUUAUUUAUGCCAGCAGCAGCAGCAAACCUAUUACCAACACCUGAAAAGCAACUUCCAACUACAGAUAACAUGAAGAUAACGGUGCGUACGGUGAUGCGUAGUCUCGGUCGAAAUCCAACUGAAGCUGAAUUGCAAGAUAUGAUCAAUGAAGUUGAUGCCGAUGUUGUAUUUGCUGUAUUGUUAGGUAAUGGUACGAUUGAUUUUCCUGAAUUUUUAACGAUGAUGGCACGUAAAAUGAAGGAUACUGAUUCGGAAGAAGAAAUUCGUGAAGCAUUCCGCGUCUUUGACAAGGACGGUAAUGGAUUUAUAUCAGCUGCUGAAUUUCGUUAUGUCAUGACAAAUUUGGGUGAGAAACUCACUGAUGAAGAAGUUGAUGAAAUGAUUCGAGAAGCAGAUAUUGAUGGAGCAAGUCAACUAUCAGAAUUGCGAUCGAAAAUAAGUGGUUCGAAACAAGAGUCAUUAGAGGAAUAUGAAAAGGGUGAUUCAUACGAUGACAAGGGCAAUGGUGCUGACGGUGGCAGUAGUUUCGAUAGUGAUUCAUCUUCGCUUCGGUUUACAGACACUCGUGGAGCCUUGUCGAGGAGUCAUGAUUUGCCUACUUCGAAGACCAUCCUAGGUAAUGGAAAGGAACGCUUGACAGAAUCGAAUUUUCUUUAUUUACUUUCGAAAUCAGAAGGUCAACAAAUGCCAAUGUCUACUGUUGGUAACAAAUUGAAAGGAAAGAAGAAGAGUGAAGAUAUAGGAUCAGUGCCUGCACUACCAUCAGGGCCAUCAUUAGAACCACCUCAACAACAACCAAAUUCUGACGUCAACAUGCCAAUGAUGCCAAGUGGUAAACCAACGUCAGGUUUGACAUUACCAAGCAAUCAGCCAUCAGUAAAAAUAUCUGAAGCUGCAGCAUCAUCGUCUUGUAUCUAUGCUCCCACGACUACAAUUGAUACUUCUGCAUGGGGUCUUCUUUCUUUUCCCGAACCACUGUCAACAGACAAAUCAUAUCGAACAAUAUCACUGUCAAAAGAAGCCGCAUCAUUUGCAUCCCGCAGUGGUGGCAGCUGUUUGCAAUCUCCAAUAGCAUCAAAACCGAAGCCAAGCGUUAAAACACCUUCACAAGUCUCGUCACUUGGUGGUAAAAAACAUGGUAACAUACGGGUUGCUGCGGGUGAACCACGAAGCUCAAACGAUGCUACACUGGAUGAAAUACUAUCAAUGGAUUCUACAUUGUUCUCUACAGAUCAAGAUGUACGAUGUGAUGAGAUGUGCCGCAACAAAAUGGAUAUGUCAACGAAAAAAUCAGUUCGAUACGGCAAAGUACGUACAUUAACAUGCAAUUUUUUUCGGAAACGUCAUCCAAUUUUAGGAGGAACGGAAUGA